AUGCUCGGACUUAUAAACCAAAAAAGGCUUAUUGCCUCAUUUAAACUAGUAAAACAUAUUUACCUAGAUAAAAAUGACUGCUUUCAUAAAACCUUUUGGGCAUGUGAAAUUCACAAAACCUAUUCUCCAAAUCCCAGUAGCCGUGAUCCAAGUUGUUUUAAUGUACCGAAUGGUACAGAUUUUAUGGGUUUUAAUUACGGUGUUAUUAAUCAUUUUUUGCCACAUACACGGUUUGGUUUGGAUUUUAAAUAUACACUCUUUUCACAGUUUUACACUUUUUUCAUGAAAUGUGCACUUUUACUAAAUAUAGGGAUUAUUAAAACUGUCAAGAAUUUAAUGGAAGUACUCCGUAGUGUUAAUGAUAUUUUACAUAAAAUGGUCUGUUUAAGGAGCUCUAAUAGGUUAUGUGACUUUUUAAGUAAUGGGGAAAAGAUUGAAGCAUUCGUUACUAUUCAAAGAGAACUUCGGGAAACACUGAAUCUGUGUAGCAUUUUUAUUUAUUCAGUACAAAGCUACGAUAUGAAUUAUGUUUCUGUGUGCUCCCAACUGCUAAGCUUGGCCGUAACUUCUUUCAGCAAACAUUGCAUUUGGUUACUUAGCAGGAAGUUAACAAGCCUCACUAAAACUCCAUUCAUGAUGUUGGUUGCAUUAGUUAGCAAAAAACCGAGCAAAAAUGGCUCAAAUACAUGUAGGUAUUAUUUAGUUUUGAGUUUAGACGCUUUCAAUGAAAGCAACUGUGUUAUCGCAGCAAAUGUACGACUAAAACAAAUUAUUUGUGCUGCGAGAAUUCGACAUUUCUUAUGCAGUUGA